AAUUAUCUAAUUUUAUUUAUAUAUUAUGACAAAAAAUAACAUAUAAUGGGUAGGCCUUGAUAUCUAGUUAACCAGUAGAAAACCGAGCGAGGAUACCAAACGUCGUCAUGUCGACGGAGGACACCUUCUCCACCACCUCGAACCGCCGUUCUUACCGGUGCUACAACUGCAACGACGCAUUUCACAUCACCGCUACCACUUCCGGCGUGAGUUCCUCCUUCCGUUGCCCUCGCUGCUUUCAUCGCCACCUACUUUCUAAUUACACCAUUGCUAGUACGAUUACGCCUCCUUCUCAAUCCAAUUUUACCUCUCCAAUCAUCACCAGCUCUUUUACUUUCGAUUAUUCCGAUUCCGAUACCGACACCGAAUAUGGGACUGAUUCCGAUGAUCUUUCGUUUGGGUUGUUUAACUCAACUCAAUUCCUUUCUCCGACUCUUAAAUCGGUUGUCGACUCACUACCAAGUGUGGAAAUAAAUGAAUCAUCGAAAAACUGUUCGAUUUGUAUGGAGGAAUUUGUAAUUGAUUCUGAAGCGAGUCAAUUGCCUUGUAACCAUUUAUUUCAUAAUGAUUGUAUUGUCCCUUGGCUUAAUCGGAGUAACACUUGUCCUCUCUGCCGGCAUAAAUUGCCGCAAGAAGAUGAAGACGAAAUUGAAAAGGACCUCCAACUAUUUUUGGAUGGUGAAAUUGGUAAUAGAGAUCAAAUUCAAGAUAAUAGUGUUGUUCUUGUAUCAACAACACCGGAAGUUGGUGAGGACCUUAGAGAAAGGGUUCUCGAGGAAAUGCGCGAUGAAGAUGGUGAUAUAUUGAUGGUUGACAUAUAGACAUGUAUAUAUAUAUAUAUAUAUAUAUAUGACCACCAUCUUUUGAAAAAUUGAUGUAUUUUUUAUUUUGCCAUUUUAAGAUUUAAUGUGGGAAAUGAAGUGUAGUUCAGCUGCCAUCUCUUAUGGUGAAGUAUAGGAUACAUGUUAUGUUACUCUUUAGUUGAGGUUCAUAGUUUAUUGUAAGUUCACAUGGUUUUGGGAUUGAUAUUUAUUGCGAACAUUGAAACUCUUCUGGUGGCAGUUUACUAGAACACUUUUAUGUACAUAUACACCCACAUAUAGUAAAAUGAAGGUUUUGGUUUGUUAC